AUGCCUGACUUCAAGAUCUCCGCUGCCCUGGAGGGCCAUGGCGAUGAUGUACGUGCGGUGGCAUUCCCAAACACUAACGCCGUGAUAUCUGCUUCUCGUGAUGCGACGGUGCGGCUCUGGAAGCUGACCUCUACCCCGCCUCCUACGUACGACUACACGAUCUCCUCCCACGGCUCUGCGUUCAUCAAUGCUUUGGCAUACUACCCUCCCACGCCUGAUUUUCCAGAGGGUCUUAUUCUUUCUGGAGGGCAAGACACAAUUAUUGAAGCAAGACAGCCGGGGAAGACCGCGAAUGACAAUGCCGAUGCGAUGCUGUUGGGUCAUAGCCACAACGUCUGUGCGAUAGACGUGUGCCCUGAAGGCGGCUGGGUCGUUAGUGGUAGCUGGGACGGUACGGCAAGGCUCUGGCGCGUUGGCAACUGGGAAUGUGAAACGGUUUUGGAGGGCCACCAAGGGAGUGUUUGGGCAGUCCUGGCGUAUGACAAGGAUACUGUUAUUACUGGCUGUGCCGAUAAGGUAAUACGGAUAUUCAACACUUCCGGUAAGCUUAUACGGAGCAUCAAGGAUUCUCGCGAUGUCGUCCGAGCUCUCUGCAAGGUUCCCGCCUCGAACUCGACCGGAGCCCAGUUCGCUUCCGCCAGCAACGAUGGAGUAAUCAGACUCUUCGAUCUUCAAGGUCGACUGGUUUCAGAGCUCCAUGGACACGACAGUUUCAUCUACUCCGUGGCUGCCUUGCCUUCCGGAGAACUGGUCAGCUCCGGCGAGGACCGUACCGUGAGAAUUUGGAAUGGCACCCAGUGUGUCCAGACAAUUACACACCCAGCUAUAUCAGUUUGGAGUGUUGCAGUUUGCAAGGAUACCGGGGAUAUUGUGACGGGUGCCAGCGAUCGAAUUACUCGGGUUUUCAGCCGAGACCAGGCUCGCCACGCAAGUCCAGAAGUCGUGCAGCUCUUCGAUCAAGCCGUGAAGGAAUCCGCAAUUCCCGAACAACAGGUCGGCAAAAUCAACAAGGAAAAACUUCCUGGUCCAGAGUUUUUGAACCAAAAGUCCGGCACAAAGGAGGGUCAAGUUCAGAUGAUCCGUGAGGCUGACGGAAGUGUCACGGCGCACACAUGGUCAGCGGCCACCCAAGAAUGGAUUGCAGUGGGUACGGUCGUCGACGCUGCCGCGAGCAGUGGCCGCAAGACGGAGUACCUCGGUCAAGAGUAUGACUACGUCUUCGAUGUGGACAUUGAAGACGGGAAGCCUCCCCUGAAACUUCCCUUCAACCUCUCUCAGAAUCCAUACACAGUGGCCUCCAAAUUUAUCCAGGAUAAUGAGCUUCCCAUGGGAUAUCUUGACCAGGUUGCAAAUUUCAUUCUCCAGAACACACAGGGCGCCACCCUUGGACAGCCUUCCCAGGAGCCACAGGGAACUGGUUCAGAUCCCUGGGGCCAGGAAAGACGCUAUCGCCCAGGUGACGCUGCCGCCGCCGAAGCGACUGCGCCAAUAAUUCCCACAGAGCGCCCCAAGGUGCUUCCUCAGAAAACCUAUCUUUCCAUCAAGUCGGCCAAUCUGAAAGUGAUUUUCAAGAAGCUCCAGGAGCUGAAUCAGCAGCUGGUCUCGUCUGGUUCAAAAGAUCUUUCUUUGAGUCCUUCGGAAAUUGAUGUCGUUGGCGCCCUCUGCAGUCAACUUGAAUCGUCUGAACACCUUGAAGAUUCCCCCACCGUGGAAACAGGGGCGAGCCUGUUAUACAAAAUUAUCACCACGUGGCCGGUUACCAGUCGACUCCCGGCUCUGGAUCUGCUGAGGCUUUUGGCUGCGGCGUCCCCUUUGACUGCCACUGUCGACUACAACGGCCAGGACCUGGUAUCUGCUCUCCAGUCUAGCGGGGCAUUCAAUGCACCGCUCACCGUAAACAACACGAUGCUCGCCACCCGGCUAUUUGCCAACCUAUUCGAAACGGAAACCGGUCGCACGCUGGUAACGUCACGAUUCGAGCAGCUGCUGUUGUGUCUCAAAUCCGCGUUAACAGGAGCCGGCACGCCCCCGAACCGCAACGUGACAGUUGCCGCAACAACCGUGUACAUCAACUAUGCCGUCUAUCUGACCUCUGACGGAAGAGAGUCCAGUCCCGAAUCGGCAGAACGAGGCCUCGUGCUUCUGGAGGAACUCGCCAAGACCCUCGCAUCGGAAAAGGACUCGGAAGUCGUCUACCGCGCCCUGGUUGCCGUGGGUACCCUGGUCAAGAGUCUUGGCGAGGAAGUCCAGAGCGCAGCACGGGAGGUAUAUGAUCUGGGAGCGAUCCUCAACCGACUAUCAGCCACAGGCUUGGGAAAGGAGCCGCGGAUUAAGAGCGUGAUCGGCGAGAUUCGCGACUUGUUUGCCUAG